AUGGACGCUGCUCCCUCUGACGCCCACACGGCGCCACUGAGCCAGGCCUAUGGCUAUGGCAUCGUCGUUGGUCUCGGCUUUCUCUUUUCGCUGGGCAUGAUUCUCACCACCUGGAUUCUCAAACGAUACCAAGGCGAGCAGCAGACCAGUGAGAUGUUCAGCACUGCCGGACGCACAGUCAAGUCUGGCCUUGUAUCGUCCGCCGUCGUAUCCUCUUGGACCUGGGCUGCCACACUCCUACAGUCCUCGGGAGUUGCAUACCGCUACGGCGUUUCCGGCCCCUUCUGGUAUGCAUCAGGUGCUACCGUCCAGAUUCUUCUCUUCUCCACCCUUGCCAUUGAGCUCAAACGUCGUGCUCCGAAUGCCCAUACCUUUCUCGAAGUCAUCCGAGCUCGCUAUGGACCAACAGCACACGCUGUAUACAUUGUCUUUGGUCUCAUGACCAACAUCCUCGUCACUGCCAUGCUGCUCACUGGCGGUUCCGCUGUGGUGACUAGCUUGACUGGAAUGCAUCCCGUUGCCGGCUGCUUUUUACUACCCCUGGGAGUCAUCCUGUAUACUUUGUUCGGCGGCAUCAAGGCCACCUUCCUCACCGACUACGUGCACACGGUCGUCAUUCUGGUCAUCAUCUUCCUCUUCGCCUUUUCCGCGUAUGCCACCAGCGAUAUUCUCGGCUCCCCAAGCCGCGUCUAUGACCUCCUUGUCGAAGCCUCUGCAGCCCACCCGGUCGACGGAAACGCCCAUGGCAGCUACCUCACCAUGCGUUCCAAAGAAGGCAUCAUUUUCUUCGUCAUCAACAUCGUCGGCAACUUCGGCACCGUCUUCUGCGACAACGGCUACUACAACAAAGCCAUCGCCGCGCACCCGGUGUCGGCUCUGCCGGGCUACAUCAUGGGCGGCCUCUCCUGGUUCGCCAUCCCGUGGCUCUGCGCCACGACCAUGGGCCUCGCCGCCCUGGCCACCGAGUCCUCGCCCUCGUUCCCCACCUUCCCGUCCCGCAUGGCCUCGGAAGACGUCACGGCCGGGCUCGUGCUCCCCUACGCCGCCGUCGCGCUCCUCGGCAAGGGCGGCGCCAUCGCCACCCUCAUCCUCAUCUUCAUGGCCGUCACGUCCGCCACCUCAGCCGAGCUGAUCGCCGUCUCGGGCAUCGCGACCUACGACAUCUACCAGACGUACAUCAACCCGCUCGCGACGGGCCGCAACCUCAUCUGGACGGCGCACGGCUCCGUCGUCGGCUUCGGGCUCGCCAUGGCCGCCUUCUCGACCGGCCUGCACUACGCCGGCAUCUCCAUGGGCUACCUCUACCUGCUCAUGGGCGUCGUCGUGUCGUCGGCCGUGCUGCCCGCCUCGCUCACGCUGCUGUGGCGCAAGCAAAACCGCGCCGCCGCCACCCUCGCCCCGCUGCUCGGCCUGGCCACCAGCCUCGUCGCCUGGCUCGUCACGGCGAAGGUGCAGUACGGCGCCCUCACCGUCGAGAGCACCGGCGCAAACGACCCCAUGCUCGCAGGCAACGUCGCCGCCCUGCUGUCGCCCGCCGUCUACGUGCCCGCCCUGACGUUCCUGCUCGGCGCCGACGACUACGACUGGGCGUCGAUGAGGCAGGGCAUCCGCAAGGCUGAUGACGACGAUGGCCCGCAAGAUGUCGAUCCCGAGAAGGUGGCUGCUGUUGCUGCUACUGCUGCUGUCGUGAUUGCUGAUGCCGGCCUGGACGAGGAGCAGAGGCUGCUGCUGCGCGCGUCGGCCAUCGCCAAGUGGACGACCGGCGUCAUGGCCCUGGCGUUCCUGGUCCUCUGGCCCAUGCCGCUGUACGGCUCCGCGUAUGUCUUCAGCAAGCCCUUCUUUACCGGCUGGGUUGUUGUGGGCUUUAUCUGGCUGGCCUGCAGCACGGCUUGCGUCGGCGUUUUCCCGCUGUGGCAGGGGCGGAAGACGAUUGCGAGGACGACGGGGAUGCUGGUGAAGGAUGUGUUUGGCUUCGGGAAGUCUGGCCGUGUUGUUGCCGGCUUGACGCCAAGUUCGCCCGAGACGACUGACGAAAGUGCCAGGAAGGAAUGA